AUGGCAGAGAUAGAGACAAAGGCCAAUCUCCAGGCCAACUGGAUCUGGAUCCCCAAGUGGAUUGAUUCCGAAGACAACACAGCGGGGAAGAUCGUCAACUUCACCCGCACCGUUCAUCUCCCAGCGCGACCGACACGAUCACUUCUACACUUCUCCGCAGACACGCGAUACAAACUCUACGUCAAUGGGAGACACGUCGCAGUCGGGCCUGGCAGAAGCAGUCCGUUGAUUUGGUACUACGACACCCUGGACAUUGCGCCUUUUCUACAAGAGGGUGACAAUGAAAUCCGAUUCGUUGUCGUGCGGUACUUCGCCGCCUCGCGCAGUGCGAUGCCCUUUGAAAGAACCGCUUUACCAGGAUUGACGGUCGUGGGGAAGAUCGAGACCGAUGCCGAGACCAUCGACAUCAGUACUCUAGAUGGCUGGACUGCAUCAGUUGACCAGAGCAUUCGGUUCCCAAUGGGCUUGGUUGACGAUGUAUUUCUUCAUAUCAGCGAACGCAUCGUCCCGACCGAGCCUGGUCCCCGAGUGAAACCAGUCGCGUACAACAUGAAGACCCUCAAUGGCGAUAUCCCACCUUGGAAUCUGCAACCACGGGUCAUUCCAAUGCCCGAGUCGACUCCGGCCGUUGUGAAUACCGUGCGAGCCUGCGAAAGCGACGCUGGCGAGAGCGACUGGGUUGCGCUCUUGAGUGGGAAGGGCUCUUUGACACUGGCUGCAAACUCCGUACACAAGGUUGACAUACAGGCCGACGUUCAUUCGACUGCCUUUCUUCGGUGGGCCUUCAAGGCAGUCGGGGGUGCUUCUCAGAUCAGACUCAAGGUGACAUAUUCGGAAGGCUAUGAGCUUGAGCCUCGCGAAUAUCCUUUUUUCCGAUCCAAGGCCGACCGACUAGAUGCGAGCAUCGGCCACAUCAUAGGUCCGUAUGACGAAGUCACGCUGGACGUCUCAGACUCCAACAGUGUGGUCUAUGAGCCGUUCUGGUUUCGGACGUUCCGUCUCUUGCGCGUGGAAAUCAACAUAGGUCCUCAACCCAUCGAAUUGGAAUCCUUCACUGCCACCCAGGUCAAUUACCCUAUGGCUAUCAAAGCCCGCUGGAACCAACCUGGGGAUGCAUUCAGCGGUCAGAUGUGGGAUGUCUCCAUUCGAACCAUGCGAAACUGCAUGUUUGACGGAUAUUCCGACUGUCCCUUCUACGAGCAGCUGCAGUACUCUGGAGACAGCCGGUCGGUCGGACUAUUCCACUACCUCCUCUCCGGCGAUGAUCGCCUGAUGCGACAGGCCAUAACCAACUUCGCCGCCUCGGUAACUCCACUGGGACUCACCCAAUCUCGAUUCCCAUCACAUGUCCCGCAGGUAAUCGCCGGAUUCUCCCUUUACUGGGUUCUCCAGGUCUGCGACCACCACUUAUACUUCAACGACACACGAUACGCACUAGGAUUCAUCCCUCGAAUCGAUGGUGUUCUCGACUUCUUCGAUGCCCACAUAGACGAACUAGGUCUCGUCAGUGGAUUGCCCGAAAUCGUGUGGCAGUACGUCGACUGGGUCACGACCUGGGGAGCAACAGACGACCACCCUGACAAGGGUGUGCCAACGUCCGGUCGCAAAUCCAAUCGACACACAUACUUCAGCCUGCUAUAUGGAUACGUCCUCCAAAAGGCAGCCAACCUGGUGCGGAAUCUUGGUCGCCCAGGUCACGCAGCCGAGUACGAGGAGCGAGCCGCCUCAGUACUGCAUGCUGUCCGGACUCAUUGCUGGGAUGGAAAGUACUUCACAGACUCCACUGCUGACAUUGCCGAUGAGAAUGCCUAUUCCCAACACUGCCAGGUAUUCGCUGUUUUGGCUGGAGUUUUGGAUUCUUCGGAGCAUGAACGUAUCCUUACUACCUCACUUACGAGCCCGCGAUUUUCGAAAUGCUCGUAUAUGAUGCGCUUCUAUGCUUUCCGGGCACUCGCGACCGUUGGAAAUGGAGUCUACGAAGCAUUUUGGGAGAGCAUGUGGGCGCCCUGGCGUGGGAUGCUGGCGAAUAAUCUCUCAACCUGGGAGGAAGACGACGUGAGACAGCGCUCGGAUUGCCAUGCUUGGGGUAGUGUGCCGGUUUACGAGUACUGUGUUGAGGUCGCUGGUCUUCAACCCCUAGCGCCGGGCUGGGCUAAGGUGUUGUUCCGGCCUCGGCUGAGUUUGGCGGAGAACUUGGAGGUCACGGUGGCUUUGGGUAGUGACAAUGUUGCCGUAGUUUCUUGGAGACUUGGUGAGGCAGAUCGGAGGAUCGUCAACUUGAGGCUUGAAAAGCCUGUUGAAGUGCUGGUCCAGUCUUCGGGCGGCGAGGACGUGAGGAAUUAUGGUGUUGUGGAUUUUGUUGAAUUUUCAGUAUCGAAGUGA